AUGUUGGCCAACAUGUUUGACAGGCAUAAAAUGUUCUCACCUUUUCGUUAUAUAACAAACAUAGAUCCUGAUUCGCCUACCAUCAUAUCUGUGGAGUACCUUUCUGAAUCUCGCGCAAACAUAACGUGGAAAGCAAAAAGAUGUAACUUUGCUCCUGUCAGGCGUCUAAACAUUCAAGAAGCAGACACUGGUGUCGCGCUCUCCUAUCCUGAGACAAACUGGAACAACGAAACUGAAAUUGGUUAUCAAAUAGUAGAGAAUAUUACAGUUGUAGAAAAUCAGACGUAUUUUUGGAAUGUAAGCGUUGUUUAUGAUGAAGGUGUAGAAGAAGCAACGAGUCAGUCAAGUCCAAUUUUUGAAGCUGCUGUUGUUGGUAAGCUGAGAGUUCAGUACAGUAAGCGGUUAAGUAUUGAUGGUAGUGAUGAAGGUGAUGAGAGUGGUGAAGUUUAUAGCAAUAGUGAUAUCGAUGAUGAUGCUGAUCGUCACUUGCUUCCUCCAUUUCUAGAUUUUGAUGAAUGUUUGAGCAACCCAUGUCACCACAAUGCCAAUUGUACUGACACCGAAGGUUCUUUUGACUGUGAAUGUAAUCCUGGGUAUAAUGAAACUGGAUUUAAUUGUUCUAGUAAGUACAUUUUUCGUUGCCGUAACUAAAAUAUCUUACCCUUUUUUGUAUCACUUAUUGUCUGUCACUUGUAUAAUCUUUUUAGACAUCAAUGAAUGUUUAAGUAACCCAUGUCAUCACAAUGCUACCUGUACUGACAAUGAAGGUUCUUUUGACUGUGAAUGUAAUGUUGGAUAUUCUGGAAAUGGAUUUAAUUGUGCCAGUAAGUAAAUCUUUCAUUGGUGUGUCUUAAAUAUUCUACCUUUUUUAAUCACUUGUUGUUUGUAUAAUCUUUUUAGACAUCAAUGAAUGUUCAAGCAACCCAUGUCAUCCCAAUGCUACCUGUACUGACAAUGAAGGUUCUUUUGACUGUGAAUGUAAUGUUGGAUAUUCUGGAAAUGGAUUUAAUUGUGCCAGUAAGUAAAUCUUUAAUUGGUGUGUCUUAAAUAUUCUACCUAUUUUAAUCAUUUGUUGCUUCUUACUUGUAUAAUCUUUUUAGACAUUAACGAAUGUUUAAGUAACCCAUGUCAUCACAAUGCUACCUGUACUGAUAAUGAAGGUUCUUUUGACUGUGAAUGUAAUGUUGGAUAUUCUGGAAAUGGAUUUAAUUGUGCCAGUAAGUAAAUCUUUCAUUGGUGUGUCUUAAAUAUUCUACCUUUUUUAAUCACUUGUUGUUUGUAUAAUCUUUUUAGACAUCAUUGAAUGUUCAAGCAACCCAUGUCAUCCCAAUGCUACCUGUACUGACAAUGAAGGUUCUUUUGACUGUGAAUGUAAUGUUGGGUUUUCUGGAAAUGGAUUUAAUUGUUCUAGUAAGUACAUCUUUCUGUGGUGUGUCUAAAAUAUUCUACCUAUUUUAAUCAUUUGUUGCUUCUUACUUGUAUAAUCUUUUUAGACAUUAACGAAUGUUUAAGUAACCCAUGUCAUCACAAUGCUACCUGUUCUGACAAUGAAGGUUCUCUUGACUGUGAAUGUAAUGUUGGGUAUUCUGGAAAUGGAUUUAAUUGUUCUAGUAUGUAAAUAUUUCUUUGAUAAAUCUAAAAUAUUUUACCUUUUUGAAUAACUUAUUGUUUGUUACCUGUAUACUAUCUCUUUAGACAUCAUUGAAUGUUCAAGCAACCCAUGUCAUCCCAAUGCUACAUGUAUUGACAGUAAAGGUUCUUUUGUCUGUAAAUGUAAUGUUGGGUUUAGUGGAAGUGGAUUUAAUUGUUCAAGUAAGUAAUUUUUUCACUGGUGUAUAUCAGAUAUUUUAUGUUUCUUAAUCAGAGACUAUUUGUUAUUUGUACCUUAUCUUUUUAGAUAUCAUUGAAUGUUCAAGCAACCCAUGUCAUCCCAAUGCUAGCUGUACUGACAAUGAAGGUUCUUUUCACUGUGAAUGUAAUGUUGGAUAUUCUGGAAAUGGAUUUAAUUGUUCUAGUGCGUAAAUCUUUCGUUCAUAUAUGUUUAAAAUUCUGUAGGUUUAUGCUAACGACAUAAUAUUUUUUUCUGAUUUCUUAAUUUUUUGUAGACAUCAAUGAAUGUUCACGCAACCCAUGUCAUCGCAAUGCCACCUGCUCUGACAAUGAAGGUUCUUUUGACUGUGAAUGUAAUGUUGGGUAUUCUGGAAAUGGAUUUAAUUGUUCUAGUAAGUACAUUAUUCAUUGGUAUGUUUCAAUAUUUUACCUUUUUUUUAAUCACUUAUUGUUUGUUACUUGUAUUAUCUUUUUAGACAUCAACGAAUGUUCAAGCAACCCAUGUCAUGCCAAUGCCACCUGUACUGACAAUGAAGGUUCUUUUGACUGUGAAUGUAAUGUUGGGUAUUCUGGAAAUGGAUUUAGUUGUUCUAGUAAGUACAUUAUUCAUUGGUAUGUUUCAAUAUUUUACCUUUUUUUAAUCACUUAUUGUUUGUUACUUGUAUUAUCUUUUUAGACAUCAAUGAAUGUUCAAGCAAUCCAUGUCAUCUCAAUGCUAUCUGUACUGACAAUGAAGGUUCUUUUGACUGUGAAUGUAAUGUUGGGUAUUCUGGAAAUGGAUUUACUUGUUCUAGUAAGUAAAUCAUUCCUUGGUGCAAAUGUUUUAGUUUUUUAAUGUUUUUGAUAUUUAUUUGUAUUUUGUAUAAUCGUGUUAGACCAUAAUGAAUGUUUGAACAAACCAUGCCAUCUCAAUGCUACCUGUACUGACAAUGAAGGUUCUUUUGACUGUGAAUGUAAUGUUGGAUAUUCUGGAAAUGGAUUUAAUUGUGCCAGUAAGUAAAUCUUUCAUUCAUAUAUGUCUAAAAUUCAGUAUCUUUAUGCUAACGACAUAAUAUUUUUUCUGAUUUCUUAAUUUUUUGUAGACAUCAACGAAUGUUCAAGCAACCCAUGUCAUCGCAAUGCCACAUGUACUGACAAUGAAGGUUCUUUUGUUUGUCAAUGCAAUAAUGGGUUUUCUGGAGAUGGGAUUUUAAAUUGUGCAAGUUAGUAUGAAACAAAAUGGAAUCUUGUUUUUUAUUUUUCUGCGUUUUGCAAAUUUUUUCUUAUUCCUUUUUCAGAUAUUGACGAAUGUCUACGUAUUUCAUGUCAUAUAAAUGCAGACUGUUUGGAUUCUCAUGGUUCAUAUAGUUGUCGUUGUAAAACUGGAUUCAAUGGAAACGGAACUGUUUGUCGAAGUAAGCCACGACAUCUUACGAACGUAGGACAAGUUUUUUUUAGUUUUGUUUAUAAUGCCUUUAUUUCUUCUUUGUUUUCUUAUGUUUCUUACAGUAUAUGUCAUUUUCUAGACAUUGAUGAAUGUUUGACGAACCCAUGUCAUGCCAAUGCUACCUGUACUGACAAUGAAGGUUCUUUUGCUUGUGAAUGUAAUAUUGGAUAUUCUGGAAAUGGAUUUAAUUGUUCUAGUAAGUAAAUUUUUCAUUGGUAUGUCCAAAAUAUUUUACCUUUUUUUUAAUCAUUUAUUGUUUGUUACUUGUAUUGUCUUUUUAGACAUCAAUGAAUGUUCAAGCAACCCAUGUCAUCUCAAUGCUAUCUGUACUGAUAAUGAAGGCUCUUUUGAUUGUGAAUGUAAUGUUGGGUAUUCUGGAAAUGGAUUUAAUUGUUCUAGUAAGUAAAUCUUUCGUUCAAAUAUGUCUAAAAUUCUGUAGCUUUAUGCUAACGACAUCAUAUUUUUUCUGAUUUCUUAAUUUUUUGUAGACAUCAAUGAAUGUUCAAGCAACCCAUGUCAUCUCAAUGCUACCUGUACCGACAAUGAAGGUUCUUUUGUUUGCCAAUGUAGUGUUGGGUAUUCUGGAAAUGGAUUUAAUUGUUCUAGUAAGUGCAUUAUUCAUUGGUAUGUUUCAAUAUUUUACCUUUUUUUUAAUCACGUAUUGUUUGUUACUGGUAUUAUCAAUCUUUUUAGACAUCAAUGAAUGUUCAAGCAACCCAUGUCAUCUCAAUUCUACCUGUACUGAUAAUGAAGGUUCUUUUGACUGUGAAUGUAAUGUUGGGUAUUCUGGAAAUGGAUUUAAUUGUUCUAGUAAGUAAAUCUUUCUAUGGUGUGUCUAAAAUAUUCUACCUUUCCGAAUAACUCAUUGUUUGUUAUGCUUUUAGGCAUCAAUGAAUGCUCAAGCAACCCAUGUCAUCUCAAUGCUAUCUGUACUGACAAUGAAGGUUCUUUUGACUGUGAAUGUAAUGUUGGGUAUUCUGGAAAUGGAUUUAAUUGUUCUAGUAAGUAAAUCUUUCUAUGGUGUGUCUAAAAUAUUCUACCUUUCCGAAUAACUCAUUGUUUGUUAUGCUUUUAGGCAUCAAUGAAUGCUCAAGCAACCCAUGUCAUCCCAAUGCUACCUGUACUGACAAUGAAGGUUCUUUUGACUGUGAAUGUAAUGUUGGGUAUUCUGGAAAUGGAUUUAAUUGUUCUAGUAAGUAAAUCUUUCUAUGGUGUGUCUAAAAUAUUCUACCUUUCCGAAUAACUCAUUGUUUGUUAUGCUUUUAGGCAUCAAUGAAUGCUCAAGCAACCCAUGUCAUCCCAAUGCUACCUGUACUGACAAUGAAGGUUCUUUUGACUGUGAAUGUAAUGUUGGGUAUUCUGGAAAUGGAUUUAAUUGUUCUAGUAAGUAAAUCUUUCUAUGGUGUGUCUAAAAUAUACUACCUUUCCGAAUAACUCAUUGUUUGUUAUGCUUUUAGACAUCAAUGAAUGCUCAAGCAACCCAUGUCAUCUCAAUGCUAUCUGUACUGACAAUGAAGGUUCUUUUGACUGUGAAUGUAUUGUUGGGUAUAAUGGGACAGGAUUUAAUUGUUCAAGUAAGUAAUUUCACUGGUGUGUCUAAGGUAUUUUACCUUGUUUAAAUCACUUAUUGUUUGAUUGUUGUAUUCUCUUUCUAGACAUUAAUGAAUGCUCAAGCAACCCAUGUCAUGCCAAUGCCACCUGUACUGACAAUGAAGGUUCUUUUGACUGUGAAUGUAGUGUUGGGUAUUCUGGAAAUGGAUUUAAUUGUUCUAGUAAGUAAAUCUUUCUAUGGUGUGUCUAAAAUAUUCUACCUUUCCGAAUAACUCAUUGUUUGUUAUGCUUUUAGGCAUCAAUGAAUGCUCAAGCAACCCAUGUCAUCCCAAUGCUACCUGUACUGACAAUGAAGGUUCUUUUGACUGUGAAUGUAAUGUUGGGUAUUCUGGAAAUGGAUUUAAUUGUUCUAGUAAGUAAAUCUUUCUAUGGUGUGUCUAAAAUAUACUACCUUUCCGAAUAACUCAUUGUUUGUUAUGCUUUUAGACAUCAAUGAAUGCUCAAGCAACCCAUGUCAUCUCAAUGCUAUCUGUACUGACAAUGAAGGUUCUUUUGACUGUGAAUGUAUUGUUGGGUAUAAUGGGACAGGAUUUAAUUGUUCAAGUAAGUAAUUUCACUGGUGUGUCUAAGGUAUUUUACCUUGUUUAAAUCACUUAUUGUUUGAUUGUUGUAUUCUCUUUCUAGACAUUAAUGAAUGCUCAAGCAACCCAUGUCAUGCCAAUGCCACCUGUACUGACAAUGAAGGUUCUUUUGACUGUGAAUGUAGUGUUGGGUAUUCUGGAAAUGGAUUUAAUUGUUCUAGUAAGUAAAUCUUUCUAUGGUGUGUCUAAAAUAUUCUACCUUUCCGAAUAACUCAUUGUUUGUUAUGUUUUUAGACAUCAAUGAAUGCUCAAGCAACCCGUGUCAUCCCAAUGCUAUCUGUACUGAUAAUGAAGGUUCUUUUGGCUGUGAAUGUAAUGUUGGGUAUUCUGGAAAUGGAUUUACUUGUUCUAGUAAGUAAAUCAUUCUUUGGUGCAAAUGUUUUAGUUUUUUAAUGUUUUUGGUAUUUAUUUGUAUUUUGUAUAAUCGUUUUAGACAAUAAUGAAUGUUUAAGCAACCUUUGUCAUCUCAAUGCCAACUGUACUGACAAUGAAGGUUCUUUUGACUGUAAAUGCCAUGUUGGUUAUUCUGGAAAUGGAUUUAAUUGUUCCAGUAAAUAAAUCUUUCGUUCAUAUAUGUCUAAAAUUCUGUAUUUUUAUGCUAACGACAUAAUAUUUUUUCUGAUUUCUUAAUUUUUUGUAGAUAUCAACGAAUGUUCAAGCAACCCAUGUCAUCGCAAUGCCACAUGUACUGACAAUGAAGGUUCUUUUGUUUGUCAAUGUAAUAAUGGGUUUUCUGGAGAUGGAAUUUCAAGUUGUGCAAGUAAGUAUGAAACAAAAUGGAAUCUUGUUUUUUAUUUUUCUGCGUUUUGCAAAUUUUUUCUUAUUCCUUUUUCAGAUAUUGACGUAUGUUUACGUAUUUCAUGUCAUGUAAAUGCAGACUGUUUGGAUUCUCAUGGUUCAUACAUUUGCCGUUGUAAAUCUGGAUUCAAUGGAAACGGAACUGUUUGUCGAAGUAAGCCACGACAUCUUAUGAACGUAGGACAAGUUUUUUUUAGUUUUGUUUGUAAUGCCUUUAUUUCUUCUUUGUUUUCUUAUGUUUCUUACAGUAUAUGUCAUUUUCUAGACAUUGAUGAAUGUUUGAUGAACCCAUGUCAUCCCAAUGCUACCUGCACUGACAAUGAAGGUUCUUUUGUUUGUGAAUGUAAUGUUGGGUAUUCUGGAAAUGGAUUUAAUUGUUCUAGUAAGUAGAACUUUCAUUGGUGUGUCCAAAAUAUUUUACUUUUUUUAUUCACUCAUUGUUUGUUAUUAUUUCACUCUCUUUUUAGACAUUGAUGAAUGUUUGACGAACCCAUGUCAUCCCAAUGGUAUAUGUAGUGACAAUGAAGGUUCUUUUGACUGUGAAUGUAAUGUUGGGUAUUCUGGAAAUGGAUUUAAUUGUUCUAGUAAGUAAAUCAUUCCGUUAUAGGUCUAAAAUAUUUUACCUUUUUUACUCACUUAUUGUUUAUUACUUUUUUUAAUCUUUUUAGACAUCAAUGAAUGUUCAAGCAACCCAUGUCAUCCCAACGCUACCUGUUCUGACAAUGAAGGUUCUUUUGUUUGUGAAUGUAAG